UUGCGGUCACGCUGGUUCGCGAAUCCAAACUUGUAGGAAAAUUUACGCUAGUUGAGAGAUUGUAUAUUAAAACUAUUACACUUAUUUCAAAAACUUAUUUUAAAUUAAUAGUGUAUAACUGCAGCUGCAAGUAUCCUUGCCUAGAAAUGUCAGAAAGUCAAGCGCCAACUGUCUCCAAGUCCAGUUUAAACGAUUUGCGACAAUUUCGCAUAAAUAAGAAUGCAGCAGCUGCCUCAGCAAGCCCGGGGAGAACUGAACGUGUGCCUGGCAAGAAGCGUAUCCAGGUGAUGGCUGACAGUGACAGCGACAGCGCUGACUGUCAAACGCCCAAAAAGAUCAAAAUGCAAUUAACGGUGAAGGAAAAAGAAGAGCGUUACAUGGCGGCAGCAAAAAUAAUGCCACAUUAUGAUACAAUGGCCAUACAGGAUGCGUUGUCGCGAACAAAUUGGGAUGUGGCGGCUUCCAUACGCUACCUCAAGGAGCACUGCAAGCCGAAGGCCAAUGGACCAGUGGAUAAGCCAAAGCUAAAGCACGGCACGUCGAAUGGUAGCAGUAGCAAAGCUUCGCAUGGCAGCAAAUCCAAUAGCAACAAUUAUUCGGACUACGAAAACUCGGAUGAUGAUGAUGUCAAACAGUCGAAGGAUCAAGUAUACGACAGCGAUGACAGCGACACUGAAAUGGCCACCAAAAUGACCGGACAGCGGAAGAAAGUGUUUCAGUUUAUGAACAGUGCGACAAUUGUCGAGCUCCAAUCGGUAAAAACGCUGUCCGAGAAGAAGGCCACAGCAUUGAUUGAGCUGCGACCGUUCAAGGAUUGGGCGGAUAUACGCCAGAAACUGGAGGCUAACAAACUGUCGGCGGAUCUACUUAACUAUGCGCAGGAUUUGAUUAAUAAACAGAACACAGUGGCGACCAUUUUAAGCAAAUGCAAUGGCAUGGUCACCCGAUUAGAGGCGGCCAUAGCAAGUGGCUCUAGCAUUGUGGAGCAGCCAAAGAUUCUCACAUCCAGCAUGCAGUUGGCUGAUUAUCAACUGAUUGGCCUCAAUUGGCUGACUGUGAUGCACAAGCAGGAGAUGAAUGGCAUUCUGGCCGAUGAAAUGGGUCUGGGCAAAACCAUACAAAUCAUUGCAUUUCUUGCCUAUCUAAAGGAAAAUGGCUUAAGCAAGGGCGCCCACUUGGUCGUUGUCCCUUCGUCCACACUGGACAACUGGGAGGCUGAGAUGGCCAAGUGGUGUCCCAGCUUGGUUGUUGAAAAGUAUCAUGGAUCGCAGGAUGAAAGGCGGAGAAUGCGCGUGCGUUUCGCCAAGGAUGGCUUCACUGGCUUCGAUGUGCUGCUUACCACCUAUCACAUUGUUGGCUCCACGCCCGAGGAACGGAAAAUGUUUCGCGUUUGCAAGCUGCACUACGUCAUAUUUGAUGAGGCGCAUAUGCUGAAGAACAUGACAACGCAACGUUAUAUCAAUCUGAUCAACAUCAAUGCAGAGAUGCGCAUACUUUUAACUGGCACGCCACUGCAGAACAAUCUGCUCGAGUUGAUCUCCUUGCUGUGCUUUGUGAUGCCCAAGUUCUUUGCCAAGAGCAUUGAAGACAUUAAAUCCUUGUUUGUCAAGAAAAACAAAACUGAUGGCGAUCAGGAGGAGUUGUCACAGUUCCAGGAGACGCAGGUUCAGCGUGCCAAGCGCAUUAUGAAACCAUUUGUGUUGCGUCGACUGAAGAACGAUGUGCUUAACAAUUUACCCAAAAAACAUAGUUAUGUGGAAAAAGUUCCGAUGAGCGCGUCACAGAAACAACAUUAUAAGGACCUCGUUGAGUACUAUUCGAAUAACAAGGGAGAGGUGUGCAGCAGCAGCGAUCGCGCUGGCGUCACCAUUAUGAUGGAAAUGCGUCGCAUGGCCAAUCAUCCGCUGCUAAUGCGUCACUAUUUCACGGAUGAACAGCUGCGUGGAUUCUCUAAGCGGCUGGCACGUUCCACUUUGUACAAGAAGACAAAUGAACAGUACAUCUUCGAGGAGUUGGCUGUCAUGUCUGAUUUCCAAGUGUAUCAAUUGUGCAACAAAUACGAAUUGUACGAUGUUAAGAUACCAGCCAAUUUGAUAUGCGAUUCGGGUAAAUUUCAAUAUCUGGAUACGUUGCUGCCCAAGCUGAAGGAAGAGGGACAUCGUGUGCUGCUCUUCAGUCAGUUCACCAUGAUGCUGGACGUUGUGGAAGAGUAUCUGAGGAUACGAAAUUGGGGUUUCUGUCGUUUGGAUGGCGCCACAGCUGUAAAGGAACGUCAGGAUUUGAUCACCGAUUUCAAUGACGAUGACGAAAUCUUUGUGUUUCUCUUGUCGACAAAAGCCGGCGGGGUUGGCAUCAAUUUGACAGCAGCCGACACCUGUGUGAUACACGACAUCGACUUUAAUCCGUACAACGAUAAGCAGGCUGAGGAUCGUUGUCAUCGCAUGGGACAGAAACGUCCUGUGACCAUCUAUCGCCUGAUCUCGGAGAGCACCAUUGAGGAGGGCAUUCUGAUGGCGGCCGAAGAGAAGCUAAAACUGGAGAAGGACAUAACGUCGAAUGAGAAGGGAGGCGAAGUCCAUGAGCAGCGUUGUGUGGUCAAGCUGCUGACCAUGGCAUUGGGCCUGGACAAGGAUGAGGAGGAGCGAUUAAAUCAUUCAUUGAACAGCUCGAUAGGCACGCCCACUAAGUAGUCGAUUUAUUAUGCGAGCCGAAUGCGGCGACUCACUUUCCAUUUUUUGGUAUGUUAAGUAAUGCUGUUUAUUUUUUAAUUACAAUUAUUUAGCGAGCUCCGAGUUGUGGCUCGAUAUCAUUUUGUAUCUGUAUAUUUAUAAGAAUCAAUAUUGUAUUUAAAUUAUAUACUAUCAAAUUAAAUUAUACA